CUGUCGUGUUGAACUUUUAGCUUUGUUAUGUUAUAAUCAACUGAUCUGAAACGUUCUGUGAGCAUCAGCUUGUGGUCGGUGAGUGCUUGUUAUACGUUUAAUAAUGUUAGGCCGUUAGUUUGUUUGUUCUAAGUAAAAUAACUUUGUUUUAUCAAUACAAGUUUGCUACGUUAGUGCUUUUGUGCUUCAUUGACUGAGCUUUUAGCUUAUUCAUCGUGCUUAUGAGCCCACUGACUGCCAGUGCUCUAGAUGAGAAUGGAAGUUGAGAUGAAUAUAGAAUUGGAAAUGGCAGAAAUUAGACCACGAGUGUAUGAUAUUCUUCAUCCGACUCCGGUAUCGUUGAAACAACUGUCAGCUAUCGUCGCUAGCUUCGAAAUAUGGCGCUAUGAAAUUAAUACACAACGUACUAGAAACAAAUUGUCAAAGAUUUGUUGUAAACGGAUAUGUUGGGAACGAUUCAUCUCGGAGACUACACUCCCUGGAAAACCACGUGUGAUUAAUGAUCUGGUCGACGAAUAUAUCUUCAAGUUCAAAUUUUCAGAAGAGACCUGGCACAGAGAUCAUUUUAUAACAUUCUUCAUGUCCUAUAGGUGCCUGGAGAACUGUAUUUUGAACGACUUCGAUGAUUUUGUAAUAGAUUUCAAAGGGGAUAUUGAUUAUGUUCGGACAGCUGAACGUAUGAUGCGUUGUGAUCGACUUAAAGAUACUGUGAAAUUCGAAAUUGCCUGUAUGUAUUGUCUUGAAGACGACAUCAGACGAAUUUGGCCAUCUGUAAGUGAAACAAUGACCUCGACAAAUGUUAAAUCUGGCGAUUGUUCGCAGGAAAAGUAUUGGAUUGGCAGUCUCACAAAUCAGCUGGACAAAACAGACGUUUUCAACUAUGAUCUUUUUACGACUCAUAAAACGAGGUUCAGGCAUCGCUCAACCAGAAAUAACAGAUCAUCGAUGGAGUAUUUCUGGAAUCGCAUACCACCAGAUAAUCGACUACAGAAAGCUACGGACAUGCUCGGUGGCAAUGACUUACGAGUAGGUCUUGCCAGAUUCAUUUUGCCAAAACUGGACGAUCAACAGCUUGCUAAAUUUGCCAAUUGCCAUGGCUAUUUCCUUAUGAUGAAAUUGUUAGAUGAUCUGAUCGAUGAGGGGAUCGUUAUUUUACCAACCUGGAUGUACAUUAGAAAUUUUAUGAAUGAAAGACAGUUUUUGGAACUUUCCGAAUACAUGUUGAAAUUGUUAGCAUCCCAUGAUGACGACAACAAUAGACUAUUUCUUUGUCGAGAAAUAUGGAACAGUGCUCCGCAUAAUUUAAAGCAAUUGGCAGUGAGAGAAAUUCUAUCCAGCACUGAAUUGUUUAAUAUGCUCGUUUCCCAGCUCAAUAAUAAUGGUAUGAAAUCAACUCCUAAGUUUGUCAAGCUCCUGUUAAACAUUCUUUUGUCUGCCACUUUCAAUGAAAGAAGCUCAUUCUGGAAUAACUGCUGGCAUCAGCUCAUUGCACUCGCUAGAAGCAAACACCUUCAACAAUUUAUGAAACUAUGCAUUGGAAACGAAAAUAAGAUUACUGAAUUCAAGACAAAUGUAGUAGCCAAUAGCGAGCACCUACGUCAAUUGUGUAUUUCAUUAGUAAAGGGUCCGUAUUUCGAAAAAUUGAAUGACUUGCUGAAAUUCUGUUAUCCUGAGGUACAACAAAUGAGAAACUUUGAACAAGAGAUACUUCAGUUAGCUUUGCUCGGUGAAGAUUGUCAAUUUAGUUGGUUCAUUGUCCAUAUUGCCGAAGAUUUGAAUGAAUUCAUCAACAAAACUUACGAUGAUGCUGAUCUAUCUGUCGAGUUUAAAAAUCAGCUCCUGAUGUCCCCUGCGUUCGAAGAAUUCGUAUCUUUUCGUGUUCGCUCGAAUAAUAUUUCUUGUUUAAAUGAAAUCGAGGACUUUGUCGACGUAUUUAAACCGACUGAACAAACACUAGAGCAAAUAAAAACACGUGUUAUUGAUUCUUUCAAAGAGAGUCUAACUGGAGAUGGAUCCAGCCGUGACUUAUUGAAGAGGAGUAGUUUAAAUCAGUUUUUAUUGUGGUGUUUGGGAAGUGAUGCCGAAGUAGAGAAAUUUAGGCGUAACUAUGCAUUGAGAGUUGUUUGGGAAGACUGGUGAAUCUUGUCAGUUCAAGGGAUUGUUUUGUAAAAUUUUUCCUCGUCAGUUUAGUCGA